AUGCAGCGGUUUACGAUCGAAAACCUGGCCAAAGGGAAACAGACCUGUAGCCCUCGCCCCGUUAAUAUUGCAAAGAUUAUGUUUGCCAACCAUGACGGUGUGGUCGCACGUGAUGGCGCUAACUAUUUGAACAGUAGCCUGCAUCUAGAUGAUGUAUACAGUAUUAUAAGCAAAGACGUCCCCCUCUCUGCACUCGCCAAGGACGUCACGACACCGGAAGUGACGCAACAAUAUUGUCAUGAUACCACAUCGACAUAUCACGCAAUGGACGUCCGAAAAUUAGACCAACCAAAUCAGGCGUUCAGCACCGUGCCAAUCGAGAAUAAUUUUCAACCAGAAGAGAACGUCACCACGGUCGACCACGAUCUCUCUCCACUGUGUUCUCCCAUUGACGAAUCACGCGGUCGAGGGACCCCCUCACCACCCCUACACGACAGUGGUAUCGAAUCAGAUAACUCUCCGACUGCUAGCCAGCUGUCAAAGACGUUAAAGACGCUAAACAAGAAAGCAGCCGCGGUACAGUCGAGAAAAGUCACACAUUCAAAAUCGUCCUCAUCAGAUUUCUCACCUGACGCUGAGGAAAAGGAGAAACCCCGACAGUCCUACAUUUCCCUGAUUGUUCAGGCAAUCCUGAGCAGCCCCGACAGUAGGAUGACCUUGGGCGACAUUUACCGGCAUAUUUCAGACAACCAUAGUUACUAUGACAACGAGGAACGCUCAUGGAGAAACAGCAUCCGGUAUAACCUUAGCAUCAACGAGUGCUUCAUGAAAAACGGGAAGGAAGAGAGUGGCAAGGGUAACUACUGGACCAUUCAUCCUGCCUGCUUGGAUGACUUCCGAAAAGGAGAUUAUCGCCGACGGCAGGCGCGGCGCCGUGCCAAACGGAAUGUAAAGACUGUUAAUUCAGCGUCUGCGACGUCAUCAGUCCACAUGGGCAGCUAUGUACCCAUGACGUCAUGCGUCACCGGCUACCAAGGUCAGCAAGGACUCUCUGACUUGCCGGGUCAUCGAUAUGGCGCACAUCAAUUCGCGUCUGCGCAGACGACACUUCCGCAUACGGUGCCACAGAACAAUAUUCCAUAUUACAGCAUGAUGCCGCCUUACGGUUCUGUUCCGGUUUACGCUUCACCGUAUCACGCUUUUCCACCCAUGCCGUACGCCUUUACCGGAAGUUCCGCUCAACCGGAAAUGGACAGUAGAGGAAUUGUGCCAGCUCGCACCUGGUACACACCUACCACGAACACCGGAAGUGCCUACGAACCGGAAGGGGUCUCGGAUAGCAACACUGUUGUGAUAGAAACGUGAAGUUUUAAAUCACCGAAGUCAAUGUGCUCACACAUGGAUGAUUUAUGUGCUUAUUUUAUGUCUGUACAGAACAUUUGUAUAGUAUAUAUAUGUAUAUUGUAAA